AUGUUUGACACUAUGGGAGCCAGUGCAUCAGCGGAUGAUAUUAACGCCAUGGAAAUCCAUCACUGGUACACAAAAUUUAUGAAGGAGUGCCCAUCUGGACAGCUUUGUCUUCAUGAAUUUAAACAUGUUCUAGGUCUGCAAGGUCUUACUCAAGAUGCAAACAAGUACGUUGAACAAGUAUUUCACACUUUUGACAUGAAUAAGGAUGGAUUUAUAGACUUUUUGGAGUUUAUAGCUGCAAUAAAUUUGGUUAUACGAGGGAAAAUCGACCAAAAACUGAAAUGGUAUUUUAAGCUGUAUGAUGCUGAUGGCAACGGAACCAUUGACAAAAAAGAACUCCUAAGCAUAUUCAUGGCUAUCCAGGCUAUUAAUGGCAACCAGAGUAUGACUCCUGAAGAGUUCACAAACAUGGUAUUUCAGAAGAUAGAUGUAAACAAUGAUGGGGAACUGACGUUAGAAGAGUUUAUCAAUGGUGUGGAAAGCGACGCGAGCCUCUUGGAACUGAUUUCAAAAAGUUUUGACCUUUCCAAUGUACUUAAGGUCAUACAAAGUGGGAGGCGGCAUAGCAUCUGAGGUUUUCUGACCCUGAGUGGGGUAUGUGAUACCAUGGAUAUUGCAGGGAAGAUAAUAUUUAGUACUUUCACAGAGCUUUAAAUCUUCCAAGCUUUGCAUAGACAGUCAUCGACGUCAAACUCCAGAAAUAAUUGUCACUUCAGAGAUUUCACCCUUGACUCCAUACCUUUCUUUCUUUCUUGUCAAUGGAUGUAGCAACCACUGAACAUGAAACUUUAUCCACACACAAUAGUAAAUCUAUUUGUUGCAGUACUACCAGCCUCUCUGAUCACUAUCAACACCAUUCUGAAUAAUGGAUCAGCACUGACAACAGUACAAAAAUUAACCUUUGCAGAAGACCUUGAGCUAAUGUAUUGCUUCUUUUAAGUACAGGUUGUUUAACCUGCAAUUUACAAUGUGGUGAUAAACCAUUAGAUAGGAUUGGCUUUAUCUGGAUCAAUCAAGAAUGAAGCAUGGUUUGUACUAACUUAACAUUUGCACUAAUCAGUGCUUAAAAUAGGAGUGGAUUAUCCGCAAAACACCUCAAUCAGCUUACUGUGCCCGAGAUAAACAUCCAUUUGGAAAAGCUGUUCUCGGUUUUAUUACAUCUGUAAAUUAAAAUGACUUAAUGCUUUGAUAUUCAAUGGGGGGCUUAUUAAACCUAGUUUUCUUCUCACCUUAAUCUUAAUGCAACCAUUAAUCAAUUCAUUAGCCUUUGGAACUGUUGAGUUACAUGGCUCUUUAUGGAGUAAUUAUUAAAAAGUCCAGAAGACAGUUUAAAAAAACCCACAAUUUUACUUUAUAAAUAAUAAGAUUAGUUGCCUGAGCUGAAAAGAAACUUCAUGAGCAGACUGCAGAGGGAGAAUUAUAGUUCUCUCUGGCUCCAUUGAGGAUUGAGUCUCUCUCAAAUCUGCAACAGGUUAUCAAAUUACAAGCAUUAUAUUAUAAGAAUAAAUUCUCAUUGGCUGAUCAUACCAUAGGGUAUGAUCACACUGGUGCUAGAUGCUUUUGAAAGCACCAGCUUCAUGCACAUUAAUGCUUGCAUGGGCUAUUGCACCACAUAGAUGAACAAAAAUUUUUAAGACUUGAAAAUGAAAGUGUUUUUCUCCCAAAUUCACUUCAAAUCUGUGUCCAAUUGCACAUGAUAUGUGCCACAUCAUCUGUAAUUAUUCUACCAGUUGCUGGUUUGAUCAAUAAAGCAGACAACCAGCAACACUUGACAUUAUAAACAGUCCUGACAUUAUAGCUUUGACAUUUAAAUCUUUUAUUUCCCUUCCAAAAAAUGGAAUGAUAAAUGAGACUGCUGGUGGGUUAGAACUUUAAAAUCUUCUAUUUAUUCAUUAUUGACACAUUACUAUGUCAACAUCAGUAUCAUUUUUUUUCAACUUAAGGACUAAGAGUGAGCUUGAAAAAAAUGAUAAGGAAUACUUCUGUUUUAGACUCUUUUGUGGGCAUUUAUAAUUCAAAAUGGGCUUUGAUUUAACACACAAAGUUCAGUGUUAAUAGUGUUAUUUAGUCAAUUUUAGUACAAUGAAAUUGUUAGGUUUUAGCCUAUUAAACAAGUGAACUAAUUAUUUUUUAAAACUGAUUACUACACAUCUAUUAUGACUUUUUUCAUAAGGGGUUUUUACUAUGCAGAGAUGUUUUUUUUAAUUGCCUAACUAUUGUAUCUAACUGUAAUGACAUGAUAGAAAUGACCAGGUCACAAGGAGUGUUAUGGUCUAUGAAAGGAAUAAUGAACAUGAGAAAUCUUUGUUGACUCUUUGUUAAACUAUGGGCAGAUCUACUCUUAGGCCAUGUCUACACUUUCAAGCUUACAGUGGCACAGCUGUACUGAUUUUUCACACCCCUGAGUGAACAAAGUUUUGCCGACAUAAGUGCUAGUGUAGACAUGGCCUUAGACGCUGCAGCUAUGCCACUGUAGCACUUCAGUGGAGUUGCUACUUAUAUUGAUGGGAGGCCUUCUCCUGUUGGUGUCAGUACUCUACUUCCCCGUGAGGCGGUAUCUGUGUUGAAAGGAAAAGUCCUCCCCUUGCCAUAACACUGUCCACACUAGGAGGUUGGUGGGUUUAAUUGCAUUGCUCAAGGGUAUGGAUUUUUUACACGCUUGGGUGAAGUAGUUAUACCAAUCUAAUUUCCCUGUCUAAACCAGGCCUAAUACUUAAAGGAGGAACUGAAAUGCCAAAAUAUCAUACAUUAAGAUUAUUACUAUUUUUAUAUUUGUAUUACGGUAACAUCUCGGAGCCCGAGCCAGAACCCCAUUGUAUUAGGUGCUGUAUAAAUACUAAAGGACUGUUUAGCAGAAACCCAGGUCAUUAAGAAACAAUUAGUCUCUUUCUGCUGUGCCUCAAUAUUGCAGCACAUUUGCCAUCUCAAAAUUUUGCUCAUCAUUGGUCUCUGCAUUAGUUCUUCAUAUGUUUGGUCAUGUACAAGGGUUUUUAUGUAUAUACACAUAUAUAAUUUUUUCUUAGUUGCUUAAGAUAUAUUUCCUUUAGCUAUCUGAGGAGACAAUUUGAUGUACAGGUGCACUAUGAAACAAAUGCAUUAUGGCUACAGGUUUACCAUUGAUUCCACCCCUUUGAAUUCGUCACCUGCUCAUCUAGCAUUUGCAAUGAAAUUGGGUGACAUCUGGAAAGUGUGUCAAUUUUGACAGCCUAAAGGUUUGCUCAGAGCCAAAUUACAACAACAGGUCAAGACCCUCGGACCCACCUGUAAUGGAUGUGGAGCUGUACUGUAAUAAUCUAUGAAUCGCGUAUGUUGACCUGGUUAUUGGAAUGUUUACAGUAUGGAUAUAAUGGUUUCAUCAAAGGAGCAAUGCAAGGAAAAACUAGCAGGAAGCCAAUGUAUAGCUCAAGGUAAGCCACCUCUCAGCAAACGCUUGAGAGUUGUUACAGGACCAUGUCAGAGGCAUUUGGCUCGAUCUCCUGCUGAGCCUACCAGACUGAUUUUGUCCCAACUCCUCACUACACAGAAGCACAAAAGGAUUAUAGCAGUUUAUAAAGGAAUACCCUCUUCAAGAGAGGGGGAAAUUUUGGGGGGGGAACCAGGCAAAGACUGACACCUGCAGGGGACAUCUGAAAAAAUGAGGCCUAUCUAUGUAACCAUCAGAGUAUGGUAGGGACUUGGGUAAGAUAGA